AUGAAUUGGUUGGUUGGAUUCAACAUAGGAAGUAAACGUAGGGCAAUUGAAUGCGGAAUGUUACAUUACAAAUUACAGAUGGGAGCUAGAACAGUCGUAAAGAGGCAGAUUCGCUCAAGUGGUUUAGAAUUGAAAUACGCUAGAAUGAACGACCAGUUAAUUAUGCAAAUGGAUGUGUCUCUCUCCGGUUUGGAUUGCGGUUAUUGUCGUCUGCGUUGUUUUGGUCUAAUGACAUAUGAAAUAGAUUAUUCUCAUUUUCGUUUUCAACUUUUUCUUCAGUCUACGUCGUGCCUUAUGAACACUGCCUUACUUUUUCCAAUUUUUUCGUUAAUCUUCAUUCGAAAUUUUUCCUAUGAAUUAUUCAAAUGCUUUUCUGUUUAUUAUGUUAUGCUCUAUUUCACCUCCUUGUCUCCUAACUGCUUUGAGUUUUUCAAAAUUAAGAAUUGGAUUUCUUCUAGUUUCGUCGAUAGGAAGGAGAAAAGGUUCUGUCAUAGAAUAACUUCAUUUCAAUGGGGUUGUAAAUUUUUAAAUUGUGUGCCACGUUUGCUUAUUACUGACCACAUGCUUAAAGCUCUCGAAGAGUCACAAAAAGGCAAAGAAUGUGAGAAGGGAAGUUUGGAGGUACCAUUAUUCUUGUGGUGGAAAUUGCGUAUCAUAGACUUGAUUACAAAUGGCAAGGAACUUCGUAAUGGUCAGUGCCACAAAGAUAACUGCAAAUGGGUUUCCAAAUGUGCAGAUUCUUCAGUUGCUAAGACUUACACCUUCAUCUUCUCCCACACAUGCAUGAAGUCUAUUUUUACAUUAAGUACAAAGUGUGCGUCCCUUUCUCCAAAUCACACAUCACCUCCACACAAUGUAAUCUUUUUUGAGCAAAAACAUUUGCCAACCCCAGCGCUGUUACUACUCCAGCUUGCAUUUGAAAGGAUUUCGUAA